AUAGGAGAGGCCAACUCUGGAAGAGAGAGAGUGUGGGGGUGAAGGAGAAACACGCCAUUGAUGCAUUUUCUUGAAAGAGAAUUAAUGGAAGUCAAUUACAUUUGCAAAUUUGAGUGUGAUCCCACCCAGUUUUACCCAAAAAAAUUCCAUCUUCAUCUUCCCCAUUUCUCUGUUUUUGAAAUCAGACAUCUUUAUAAUAUUAUUCUCUGUAAUCUCAUUUGUUUCAUAGGUAAAGAUUAGGGUUAGUAAAUUACAUAGAAUAAAGGGUAAUUUUUUUUUUUCAUAAGUCAACCAUGAGAAACAGAGAUCCAUGACAAAAACAUAAAUCAAAUUCUGGGUUACAUUCUUUUCUAGCUAAGAUUACAGUUUGGUUUUCUGGGUUCUUCAAUUUGGAAUGAAAAGUGGUCGGAGAAGAAAGUUUAAUUUCAGCAAGAUCUACACUUUCAGAUGUUGUAAACCAUCUGUUGAAGAAGAUGAUCUUUCACAAAUUGGUGGUCCUGGUUUUUCAAGAGUGGUUUAUUGUAAUGAACCAUGUGAAUCUGAUAUUAGAAAUUACCCUGAUAAUUAUGUUAGUACAACUAAAUACACUGUUGCAACAUUCUUGCCUAAAUCCUUGUUUGAACAGUUUAGAAGAGUUGCUAAUUUCUAUUUUCUGGUCACUGGAAUCUUGGCUUUUACACCAAUCGCACCUUACACCGCCGGCAGUGCUAUCUUACCUUUGAUCAUCGUGAUCGGAGCUACCAUGUUGAAGGAAGGCAUUGAAGAUUGGAGAAGAAAACAACAGGAUAGUGAAGUGAAUAAUAGGAAUGUUAAGAUACAUAAAGAGAAUGGUUUGUUUGAGGAAAUUGAAUGGAAGAAUUUGAGAGUUGGGGAUAUUGUAAAAGUUGAAAAAGAUGAAUUCUUUCCUGCAGACCUCGUAUUGUUGUCUUCUAGUUACGAGGAUUCAAUCUGUUACGUUGAAACUAUGAAUCUCGAUGGGGAAACGAACUUGAAACUGAAACAGGCGUUGGAAGUCACUUCCUCGUUGAGUGAGGAAUCGAAUUUCAGGGAUUUUAAUGCGAUUGUUAAGUGUGAAGAUCCAAAUGCAAACUUAUACACUUUCGUUGGUACCAUGCAUCUCGAGAACUUACAACAUCCUCUGAACCCGCAACAAAUUCUCCUUCGUGACUCGAAGCUGAGAAACACUGAGUACAUAUUCGGGGUUGCAAUCUUCACAGGAAACGACACGAAAGUGAUGCAGAACUCGACUGAUCCUCCUUCCAAACGGAGUAGAGUCGAGAGGAAGAUGGAUAAAAUCAUUUACUUCUUAUUCGGUAUGUUGUUUGUAAUGGCCUUAAUAGGAUCAAUCUACUUCGGUAUAACCACGAAAAAUGACUUAAACAGGGGAGAAACAGAGAGGUGGUAUUUAAGGCCUGAUAAUUCAGACAUUUUCUUCGAUCCCAAACGACCAAUCGAGGCUGCAAUGUAUCACUUUCUUACUGCGGUUAUGCUUUACAGUUACUUAAUCCCGAUAUCAUUAUAUGUAUCAAUUGAAAUCGUUAAGGUUCUUCAGAGCAGCUUCAUCAAUCAAGACAUUAACAUGUACUGCGAAGAAACCGAUAAGCCAGCCCACGCUUGCACCUCGAAUCUAAACGAGGAGUUAGGCCAAGUCGACACCAUUCUAUCGGACAAAACAGGUACUUUGACAUGCAAUUCGAUGGAAUUCAUCAAGUUUUCAGUGGCGGGGACAGCUUAUGGUCGAGGGGUUACAGAGGUCGAGAAAGCCAUGGCCAGAAGAAACGGGCCUCCGUUACCUUUUAAUAUCAUCGCCACGGAGAAAACAAACAGCACGAGUUCGGAUGUUAAAGGAUUUAACUUUCAAGACGAAAGGAUUAUGGAUGGGGAAUGGGCUAACGAGCCCAAUUUCAAAACCAUUCAGAAAUUCUUUCGGUUAUUGGCUAUCUGUCAUACAGCCAUCCCCGAGGUUGAUGAGGAAUCGGGGAAGGUCACGUAUGAAGCUGAGUCGCCAGACGAGGCUGCAUUCGUCAUUGCUGCUAGGGAAUUCGGUUUUGAAUUCUAUAAACGGACGCAAAGUAGUGUUUAUUUGCAUGAAUAUCAUCCUCGAUCGGGCGAAAAAGUCGAAAGGGAGUAUAAACUUUUGAACGUAUUAGAAUUUAACAGCACUAGGAAACGAAUGUCUGUGAUUGUUAGCGACGAGCAUGGAAAGCUUUUGCUCCUCACGAAAGGGGCCGACAGUGCUAUGUUUGAUAAGCUUGCUCCAGAUGGAAGAGAGUUCGAAGAACAGACAAAGGAACAUGUAAAUGAAUAUGCUGAUGCCGGUUUGAGGACUCUUAUACUCGCGUAUCGUGAACUCAAGAGCGAUGAAUACGAAGAUUUCAAUAAGAAAUUCUUGGUGGCGAAGAGUUCUGUCAGUGCUGAUAGGGAAACGUUGAUCGAUAGUGUUGUCGAGAAGAUGGAAAAAGAUUUGAUUCUUCUUGGCGCGACCGCGGUUGAGGACAAACUCCAGCCCGGGGUUCCUGAAUGCAUUGACAAGCUUGCUGGAGCUGGAAUAAAGAUUUGGGUUUUAACCGGAGAUAAGAUGGAAACUGCGAUCAAUAUCGGUUAUGCUUGUAGUCUGCUUAGACAAGGAAUGAAUCAAAUGAUAAUAAACUUAGAUACACCCGAAAUCAAAAUGCUAGAGAAAACCGGAGAAAAGGAUGUCAUCGUGAAGGCAUCAAAGGACAAUGUUCUUUGUCAAUUAAGAGAAGGAAAAGCCCGGAUUGCUUCUUCGGAUUCAGAGGCGUUUGCGUUGAUAAUUGAUGGAAAAUCGUUAACAUAUGCCUUAGACGAUGAUGUAAAGAACGUGUUUCUCGAGCUUGCAGUCAGUUGUGCAUCGGUUAUCUGCUGUCGUUCAUCGCCAAUGCAGAAAGCGUUGGUUACCAGACUCGUUAAGGAAGGAACUGGGAAGACUACAUUAGCGGUUGGCGAUGGGGCGAAUGAUGUCGGAAUGCUUCAGGAAGCUGACAUUGGUAUCGGUAUAAGCGGUGUUGAAGGAAUGCAGGCUGUGAUGUCUAGUGAUGUUGCGAUCGCGCAGUUCAGAUUUUUGGAGCGUUUGCUGCUAGUUCACGGUCAUUGGUGUUACCGAAGAAUAUCCUCUAUGAUAUGUUACUUCUUUUACAAGAACGUUGCGUUUGGUGUAACAGUCUUCUUGUACGAGUCACGCACAUCAUUCUCCGGUCAGCCAGCUUACAACGACUGGUUCUUGUCCCUUUACAAUGUCUUCUUCACGUCUCUUCCGGUCAUCGCAUUGGGCGUUUUUGAUCAGGAUGUAUCUGCCCGGUAUUGCCUCAAGUUUCCUUUACUGUACCAAGAAGGCGUGCAAAAUGUACUAUUUCACUGGCAACGAAUCCUCGGUUGGAUGUUCAAUGGGAUAAUAUCAGCUGUCAUCGUCUUCUACUUCUGCACGAUGGUUCUCGAUCCCCAAUCAUUCGACUCCAAUGGGAAACUCGCGGGACAAGAAAUCGUCGGGGCGACAAUGUACACUUGCGUAGUAUGGGUUGUCAACUGCCAGAUGGCGCUCGCGAUCAGCUACUUCACGAUGAUACAACAUCUAUUCAUUUGGGGAGGAAUAGCUUUAUGGUACAUAUUCCUCUACGUAUAUGGAACCGUGCCUUUCAUUUACUCGAGAAACGCUUACCAAUUGUUCGUCGAGUGCCUCGCUCCUUCGGCGUCGUAUUGGAUUGUAACGUUUUUCGCAGUCGUAUUGGCUCUCAUCCCGUAUUACUUGUGCGCUUCGAUACAAAUGAGGUUUUUCCCGCUUUAUCAUCAGAUGAUUCAAUGGAUAAGGCUGGAGGGUCAAGCAGAGAACCCUGAGUUUUGCCAUAUGGUUAGGCAGAGAUCGUUGAGGUCGACAACAGUUGGCUACACUGCCCGUGUAGCGGCUAGAGAUAUGAGUGAUAGAUCCAAUGAUCGUAGCCAUAGCCACAAUCAGAACCAUGAAAUAGUAUAGGUAGAAAGAUUCAAAUUUUAAACUCAAGCCAAAUGAACAGAUAGAAAGAUCUGCUACAGAGACCAGCAUGUACAGGAAAAGGAAAUGAAGAACAGGGUUCAUGAAAUUUGAACAGAGGAUUCAGAAAUCCAAUUUUCCAAUGGCUUCAGCAGUACUUUCUGGAACCAUUUGAGAGAAAGAUUGUAGUUUCUGAGACUGGGAAGGAAUGAGCCAAGGUAGAAGAGAGAAAAAAAUCAUCAAACUUGUAAAAGGGUGAGAGAUUUGGAAGGAUUUCAUCAUCAUGAUUUGAAUAUAUUGAACUGUUUUCAUGAUGAAAUGAAGAUGUUGUGAAAGUCAAUUUAUAAAGGCAUAAUCAUUUUUAUCAUUCUCAUAGUUCAAGAUUCAGCUGAAUAAAUCUCCCCUUCAUG